CCUACAAUGUUUUAUCUGUAACUUAAACAAAUAUUUUGACGUAACACACUUGGACAGGUAAUUCCAUAACAAACUGUGUGUGUUUUUGGUGUCUGUAUAUAGAUGACACAAUAUCAGUUGUGAUGAUAUAACAUAUAAUUCUACAACCUGCACAGAUAUAGAAAAUUACAUUUCUUUAGUGUGAUGCUCGUUUAAAACAUUGUCACGUCGGAUUCUUUAUGUUAUUACCGAAUUAACUGACAUGACUUCCCAUACCACGUGUUGUCCGGAUUGCAGUAGUUCUGAUCAGGAGGCACAGACUAACAAGAAGAAAUCGUCACCCAGAAGAUGGUUUGUGUUGACAUCAUGCUAUUUCGUCAUGUUUCUCAGCACUGGGUUCCCCUUCAAUAUAUUGAUCCUCAACCCCGAGUUCCUUCGUACUUUUGAGAGCAAUAAGGCAGAAACGGCUCUUAUACAAUCGAUCACAACCGGGAUGCUUCGUAUAGCAGGAACUUUCUGUUGGAAGGCUGUGGCUAGAUACGGACCUCGAAUGACUGGGAUAGCUGGUAGUCUUUUGGUGACACUCGGUCUGGUCUUCUCUUUCUUUGCUCAAAGUAUCCCUCAUCUCAUCGUGACGCUUGGCCUAGUUUCAGUAACAAGCGUCGGGGAAUACUUUGAGGGAAAAUCUCAACUUAUGGCACUGUCAUUUCUCACUUUUGGAUCAGGAUGCGGUGGAAUAUUAAUUCCCUUCCUCCUACACUUCCUCAUUGAAGAGUUUGGUUGGAGAGGAUGUUUACUAGUCAUAGGAGGACUUAUGGCAAAUAUGACGUGUUUCUUUGCAGUAUGCAAACCACUCUCGAUCCAGCAAACUAAAGCGAAUCAAUUAAAGAAAGUAGACUCUGAAACAAAACCUUCAGAGCAGGGUUUUACGAAAUCACUAAGAUCACUAAUAACUAAUAAAGUUUACAUAGCACACGUCGUUGCCAUGUGUUGUACACUUCCGGUUAUAAGUUCUUCAUUAAUUUUCAUAAUUGAUUUCCUGACGACGAAAGGUUUUGACUCGGAAACAGCAAUAUUAAUGUAUUUAUAUUUACAAAUAGGAAGCACGUUAUGUGGAGUCGUACCAGGCUUGUGUAAAAGGUAUAUUCCUCACACCAGCGUUCUUAUUAUCCCUGCGUGUUUCACAAUAAUCGGAUCGGUGGCGACUGCGUUGCUUCCUCAUGCAGAGACAUAUAUACAGUGUGUUGUCCUCUUGGUCUGUUUGGGGAUGACGUUAGGUGUUAGCGUCACCACGGUCUCCGUGACAACAGUGAAGAUCGUGGGACUCCAGGACUACUCGGCAGGCUUGGGAGUAUUAAUGACGAUGUUAGGCAUCAGUGGAAGUAUUUCAGGACCAAUUGCAGGAUUUUUUGUUGAUCUGACGGGAUCCUACAGGAAGCCAUUUUACGGUAUGUCCGCUGGUCUCGGCUUGGCGGCCGGCCUGUUCGUGUUAGCUGCGGUACUAAAACGGAAGUCAAAUAACAACCAUUCUGACCACGUCUCGGAUAUCACUGUGGUCGAAGGAGCCGACAAUCCUACGUUUUCCAUAUAAAGAGAGAACAUUUUGGAUUAUUUCUUAUUUAAAGAAGUAGAUAUACCAUCUUAUGUGUGGCAAGCGACGUUAUAUGGCGAAGUUAUAUUUUAACACAGCUAGGAGCCUGAAGUUCUGUCAAAAACGAACAAUAACCCGAAUUUCUAUCAAAAAUGAAUUAUAACAGUCAUACAAAAAAUACCUAUAAUAUGCUUUAAAAUAUGCCUAUAUUUCCUAAACUUCGUGAAAUGAAGCGAUUUAACGCAUAUCUCCUUCUUUCAACAGUUAACUAGACCAAUCGCGUUCCCACGUUUUUGGCCCAAAGCAUCGUCGAUGAGUCCAAGAAGACGAAACAGCUGAAUAUGCAGUGUUAAUCAUUUUUGGCAUAUUGUGUUCAUUUUCCAAUUUUAAAGACAAAAUCAUUUGUUUGUUUUACAUUCAACUUAUAGGGUAAAACUGUUAUUAUCAAGCAGUUUCAACAGAGCAAGCAUGCAUUGCACUCUAGAAAAGAAUGUGUCUGAGUUAUGAUAACCCCUUGUGAGGUUUCAGUGAUAAAUGUUCAGGAGGGUGCGGCACCAAAGCGUGACGACAUUCACCAAAGGAAGCAUUAAUAUUUGUACAUAUUUUCAAGACAUAAAUAUGGUAUCCAAUAAGAUGUGAAAGUGAAGGAAAUGUUAAAAAGACAGGUAGAAACACAAGUGUAUAUUUUCACAAUAAAACUAA